AUGGAAGAAAAUUAUACAAAAGGAUUUAGUAUAAAAAAUAUAUAUAAUAUACUUAAUAAGAGAACAGAUUCUAUAGAUUCUCAAAUUUCUGUUAUUGAAUUACAAGAAACUUCUCCUGGAAUUUGGGAAACUAAUAUUUUAAUACCAUUAAAUAAUAAUACAACUAAUUCAAAUAAUUCAACUAAUUCAAAUAAUUAUAAUGGAAUAGAAAAUUUAGGAAAUUUAAAAUCUAUAUAUAAAAAUGGAAUAAAGAAUUUGGAUCAGAAUAUUUAUACUACUGGUAGUACUGGUAGUAUUAAAUCCAUAAAUAACAACUUCAAUAAAAAAGUAAAUUUGGUUAAUAAAGUAAAUUCUGAUAACUCAACUAAACUCCAUAAUGACUCGGUAAAUUUGGAUAAUCCAAAUACAAAUUCAUUUGUUAGUUUGAAUAAUUCAAAUAGAAAUUCAUUUGUUAGUUUGAAUAAUUCAAAUACAAAUUCAUUUGCUAGUAUGAAGAAAAAAGAAAAUUUGGAUAAAAAUAUAUAUGAUGGAGUAUUUAUUCCAAUAUUUGGUCCAUAUGGUUGUAAUUUUCCACCAGAUUAUAGACUUGUACAAUCAAGAUAUGGACCAUCAUAUCAAUGUUCAUAUCCACAACAUAAAGAGAAUUUCCCUUUAUAUAUAAAUAAUCAAUUUUUAAAACCUAAAAAACUUGCAAGAUGGAAUUCUAUAGAUAAAGAUAAUUUAUAUCAUUGGGAUCCAUUCAAUUUAAAUCAAACAUUUCCAAAUCCAAUUAAUUUCAAUCCAAAUGGAAAUUUUAAUUCUAAUGGCAAUUCUAGUUUAAAUCGGAAUUUCAAUUCAAAUGGCAAUUUUAAGCGUAAAAAUAGUCAAAAAAGAGAAAUUUUAAUUUAUCCUCAAUAA